AUGAAGAAGAGAGCACUACAGGAGAUCUCAGAGGCCAAUGAGCACACAGACCCUAUAAUGCAUGAGCCACUGUUAGCAGAGCAGCCACUGACACCUGCUGAAAGCCCAAUGCUGCACGACAGGCCUGGCUCCACUCCAGCCCGCACGCCCUCCCCCAGCCCAGCCGUCACCCCUCCAGCAUCCAGGCACUCCAAACAGGGCAGCGUCAGCAAAGAGGAUCCCCAUCUGCUCGGCCCUGCUGGCUGGAACGGGGACAAAGGUGGUGGAAGUAGGGGGAGCAGCCGUCCCAAUAGCAGAACCAACAGCCGACCCACCACCCCCUCGUCCAAUGUGGCCACCACCACUCACGCCCCUCCCACUGCUCCCCCUGAAGAGUGCCCCACUUCUGCCCCCAUCCUUAGCAGCCGGGGGAACUCCCGUGCCUCCAGCCGCCUGAGCAACAAGGUAGAGCAGGGCUCCGACCUGGAGAUCAAGCCCCUGGAGAAGACGGCCUCUGAGGCUAAAGUGCCCGACGCUGCUCCCUCGGUAAGAACCAGUGUCGCCUACUCAGAAGAAGAAGAACCACCCCCUCAUCCCGCCACCAAAGUUUCUUCCAAAGCUGCCGUCACCCCCGAGCUUAAUGCGGCAGAGCCCAAACAAAGAACAGAGUCGGUCAAUGAACGACCAGUGUCCGCCGUAUCUGAGAGCAAACCAGAGUCCAGCGCUCAGUCUGUCAAUAAAGUGUCACCCAAGCCAUCGCCGUCACCCAAGCCAUCGCCAAAACGAGAGGCCAGUCCGGCUUCAAAACCUGACACACCUGCACCCAAACCAGCACCUAAGGUUGAACCCAAAGCGGAGGCCAAGCUGAUGAAGAACAUGGUAAAGAGCCCAUGUACAAGUGAAGUUACAGCGCUAAAUGAAUUUGAGCAGGUAAGGCAAUUCAAACACUCAAUAUCGUAUGUAAUGUUUUGACAAAAGAUUCAGUCAAAUGAAGACUGUUCUUACAUGUUCUGUAGUACAUUCUCCCAUGACCUGAGUUCUAAAAGUAGACUCAAAACAUACAGUAGGUCCUCUCUCUCCUCUUAAGUGCAAAUUUGUAACAAGAUGUUACUCUGGAGACUGUUUACUGCCGUUGGUGUUGGUCCUUUUAACCACACUAACCAGACUCCCUAUCUCAGUAACAUCCCCUCCUCCUUUCCUUCGUUAUGUUAAUAAUUACCCCUCUAGUUAUGUUUGUACAUAUUCUCAACAGCAUUUCCUUUUUGACGACCACACUCAAGGCAAUUCUCCCAUUUCUGGUUGGGAGCGUACAAUGAAAUUAUGAACAGAUUACAUGACAUACACUACCGGUCAAAAGUUUUAGAACACUAAUUCAAGGGUUUGUCUUUAUUUUUACUAUUUUCUACAUUGUAGAAACUAUGAAAUAACACAUAUGGAAUCAUGUAGUAACCAACAAAGUGUUAAACAAAUCAAAAUAUUUUAUAUUUGAGAUUCUUCAAAUAGCCACCCUUUGCUUUGAUGACAGCUUUGCGCACUCUUGGCAUUCUCUCAACCAGCUUCAUGAGGUAGUCACCUGGAAUGCAUUUCAAUUAACAUGUGUGCCUUCUUAAAAGAUAAUAUGUGAAAUUUAUUUCCUUCUUAAUGUGUUUGAGCCAAUCAGUUGUGUUGUGACCGCCACAGGAAUGGAAGACCCAGAGUUACCUCUGCUGCAGAGGAUAAGUUCAUUAGAGUUACCUGCCUCAGAAAUUGCAGCCUAAAUAAAAGCUUCACGGAGUUCAAGUAAAAGACACAUCUCAACAUCAACUGUUCAGAGGAGACUGUGUGAAUCAGGCCUUCAUGGUCGAAUUGCUGGAAAGAAACCACUACUAAAGGACACCAAUAAGAAGAAGAGACUUGCUUGGGCCAAGAAACACAAGCAAUGGACAUUAGACCAGUGGAAAUUUGUCCUGGAAUUCCAAAUAUGAGAUUUUUGGUUCCAUCCGCCGUGUCUUUGUGAGACGCAGUGUGAGUGAACGGAUGAUCUCCGCAUGUAUAUUUCCCACCGUAAAGCAUGGAGGAGGAGGUUGUAUGGUGUGGGGGUGCCUUGCUGGUGAUACUGUCUGUGAUUUAUUUAGAAUUCAAGGCACACUUUUUUGUUUUGUUGUUGUUGGUAUUUUACCCCUUUUUUCUCCCAAUUCCAUGGUAUCCAAUUGGUAGUUACAGUCUUGUCCCAUCGCUGCAACUCCCAUACGGACACGGGAGAGGCGAAGGUCGAGAGUCGUGCGUCCUCCGAAACACAACCCAACCGAGCCACAAUGCUUAACCCGGAAGCCAGCCGCACCAAUGUGUCGGAGGAAACAUCGUACACCUGGCGACCGAGUCAGCGUGCACUGCGCCAAGAACAUCCCUGCCGGCCAAACCCUCCCCUACCCUGGACAAUGCUGGGCCAAUUGUGCGCCGCCCCAUGGGUCGCCCGGUCGCGGCCGGCUGUGAAAUAGCCUGGACUCUAACCAGGAUCUCUAGUGGCACAGCUAGCACUGUGAUGCAGUACAUUAGACCACUGCGCCACUCGGGAGGCCUAGAAUUCAAGGCACACUUAACCAGCAUGGCUACCACAGCAUUCUGCAGCGAUACGCCAUCCCAUCUGGUUUGGGCUUAGUGGGACUAUCAUUUGUUUUUCAAUAGGACAAUGACCCAACACACCUCCAGGCUGUGUAAGGGCUAUUUGACCAAGAAGGAGAGUGAUGGAGUGCUGCAUCAGAUGACCUGGCCUCCACAAUCCCCCAACCUCAACCAAAUUGAGAUGGUUUGGGAUGAGUCGGACCGCAGAGUGAAGGAAAAGCAGCCAUCAAGUGCUCAGCAUAUGUGGGAACUCCUUCAAGACUGUUGGAAAAGCAUUCCAGGUGAAGCUGGUUGAGAGAAUGUCAAGAGUGUGCAAAGCUGUCAUCAAGGCAAACGGUGGCUAUUUGAAGAAUCUCAAAUAUAAAAUAUAUUUUGAUUUGUUUAACACUUUUUUUGGUUACUACAUGAUUCCAUAUGUGUUAUUUCAUAGUUCUGAUGUCUUCACUAUUAUUCUACAAUGUAGAAAAUAUUGAAAAUAAAGAAAAACCCUUGAAUGAGAAGGUGUUCUAAAACUUUUGACCGGUAGUGUACAUUUUUCUCUAGCAACCAACAGCUACCAUCAGUAGCUCUAAGUAUAGCUAAGAAAAUUCAUAUUUUGUCAUCCAGAUGACCAAUUCCGAUAUAUGAAAAUAUGGAAAUAUACGUAGGUGACUGUUACAUAGCAACAGUUGUUUGUUCUGAAUUAUUAUGGAGGUUUUAGAUGCCGUGCAGACUAGGGGUUUGUCUGGUACGUGAGCCCUAAGUAGUCUGCCCUAUAAGGCAUGUACUCUAGGGGAGGUUUUUCCAUAGCUCAGGCCCCCUGUGUUGAAAGAGGCAUACUGCAAAUGAGAACCUACCAGUCGGCCACAGCUGAUGUAGACAGAUGGUGUUUCUUAUAAUGCAGCAGCUUCUCUCCCCGUCACCAUAUUUAAAAAUGGUUGUUACUAGAGUCGUUACAUAAUUGCUACACAGGAAUAGAUGCAACUUAAAUGUAAAAUGUUACCAUAAGGAUCAAUGGGAUUUUAUAUUCAUCCCAUUCAUAUUGCUGUUGUUUUAUAGAUCUAUAGAAGUUUAAAAGUACUUUACUGGUAUAUUAAUUGUUCUAACAACAUCUGCUGCUAUCUUGACUGCUACUAUCUUGAACAGAUUUAUCUCAACAUGACAAACCUGUAUAAAUAAAGGUUAAAUAAAACAUUAAAUGUAUCUACUGUACCUCUCUCUUUUCCAGGGUCCGAACACCAUCAUGAUAACCAUGGUGAUUCUGCUCAACAUUGGCCUGGCCAUUCUCUUCGUACACAUCUUGUCAUGA